UUUAUCAAUUUAAGACUGACUUAUACGGUUGCUGAACGCACAAUGUCGACCGCUGAUGAAGUUUAUGAGAGUUGGGAGGAAAUGGAGGCAUCUGGAGCACUCGACAAAAAGCUCAAUGCCUUACAAUUGAAUUCUUUAGAAGGUUUAGAAGACCGACAAUCCAGAGUUGCUGGAGUGAAUACAAACGGUAGAAUGAUAAUUUUAGGUGAUGAUGGUGUGAGAUCACAGUAUGUAUCUCCUAAACCGACAGUUAAAAUAUUAAAACGACCCAAAAGUGAUUUGCGAGGUGCUAGUGAUGCACGAAAAAGAAUCCUUGGUGAAGAAAAAAGUCCCGAAGAAAAGUUAGCCCAUGAAGUUAAUAAAAUUCAAUCGAAAUUAAUAAGUCCUAGUUCUUCCGUCAAUCAAAAUCAUAACCCAAGCCACAACCAGGUGAUUAGAAUGCCCAUUGGUCCUGACGGGACACGUGGAUUCAAUUCAAGG